AUGGUUGAUGGAUAUCCAGGAAUACCUGGUUUACAAGGAUCUCAAGGAAUACCUGGACCAAUAGGACUAGAAGGUCCGCCCGGUCCUAUUGGUCUUAGAGGUGAUGAGGGAGACUUCGGGCAAAUUGGACCAAAAGGAAUCAGAGGUGAUAUAGGAGCACCUGGGUUUAAUGGUCCCCCAGGAAUACCGGGAUUGCCGGGACUGGAGGGAGAGUUAGGCGAACGAGGAUUUGAUGGAUGCAAU